AACUCUAAGCCAGACCGCGAGACAUGUGGCUGGGACUUUCUGAAAGCUACGCUCCGUUUUUAGCCAAAAACAAUCCCCGAAGAGUGCGAUUCGUCAGCAUUUCAAAGCAGGAAUUUGGACGCUAAAAACGGUUGACUCGGUGCAAACCAGCCGCAGCAGCACUUAAAGUGGUGAUCAAGACAGUCUGGGGUGGACAUGACUGGAGCUGGAAGUGGUGGCCAGGGCCCGCCUGACGGGACGGAUGCUGAGGAGGCGGAGAGGUGUCCGAUCUGCCUGAGCCGCCUGGCCGGAGGCGAGCUCGCCGUGCCCGACAGCUGCUGCCACGUCUUCUGCCUGAGAUGCCUCCUCACAUGGGCAGAGCUGCAGCUGGCUCCCUCCUGCCCGGUGGACAGAAGACCUUUCACGAAUGUUUACAGAUGGGACGGGAAUCUCAGCUGCGUACAGGUUCCUGUGAGGAAGCGGGCGACUCAACCUGAAGCUGAAAGCUGCUGUUGUAGAAAACCUGAACAAAAAGUCUGUUUAAAAAGUAAGCCGGCAAGAAGGUUGAGACGACAGAAGGUGGAGCAGACAGCAGACGCCAAGACAAAAGGACUUGUGAGGAAAUGUAACGAUGAUGACCCCUUGUCACUGAGCAGAAAAAAGGUGAGAGGAACAGAGUGCUGUACAUGGUCACCGUCUUCAUGUGUCUCAUUAACGACAUCGACUCAGGACAUUUCAGAGCUUGUUUGGGUGACAGAGGACAUACCGUAUGACACCGGGUUCAACCAGUGCAAACCCCAGGCACAAGCUUGUCCGUGGCUUUCUCCUGCUGCUCCCAUCCCUGCUAACGGCACCUCAAGGCAGAAUUUCCAUCGCAAUUGGAAUCACAGCCCAUUUCCUUUUGGAUUCUGCUCAUCUCCUUUUACCUCCAGCUCACUGUUUGGCCCUGGUCAUUUUGUGUUUCAAGGUGUUGUCUGUGCCAUCACGUGUCCCAAAGGAGGAGAGAAGAGGGGUGGCCGGGCAUCAACCUCCAAAGCUCCCGCCAAAGAGGCCGAGUCUCUACCAGCCAGGCGAUCUGGACGCCACAGUAAAACCCAGGAAGAGCCUCCAGCAUCUGACCCAUCCCCGCCACAGUCCAGUCCGUCAGACUCUGACUCGUCUACCGGCCAGUCUGCCAAGCCAGUCAGGGCCUCUCAGGCACCAGCCAAGAGGAAGGGCAAACAGGUAACAAACCGAAAGGCCAGUGGGAAACGGAAAGCCACAACAAGGGCAAAACGAUCCUCCGAAGUUGUUAGCAGCCCAGCAGCGAGUGAGGAGGAGGAAGAGGGUGAUAGGGAUAACAACAUGGAAAAGGAGGAGGAAGAAGAGAAAACUGAUCAGGAGCAGGAGUUGAACAUCUCAGAGCAGCCACAAUCUGAUGCUGAAGGGAGCCUCAAUGAAGACUGUGAUGGUUUCAACUCUUCUGAUGAGCGAGGAGGUGCUGAUCCUUUGAGUAAUGAUGUGGGAGAGGAUAGUGAUGAGACUCAGGAACAAUCUAAAGAAAAUAACCAGAAGUCAGAUGAGGAAGAUGAUGACCUGUCUUGUCCCUCAGAGCAUGAACCGGAGCUGUUAGGAGCCGAAUCUGAGGAUGUCCAGCAAAGGGAGAACGAAGAUCCAGCAACCCCUGUUUCCUCUGGAGAGAAGGACUCUGAGAAAAGGACUUCAUCAUCACCCUCUGACUCUCAGAUUGCUCCGCUGGAGAACCUCAUGUCUCCACACUGUGAUGAGCAGGAUGAUGACAUGGAGGUUUGUGCAGAGUCAGAAGAAUUCAACAAUGAAGAAUCUCCAAAGGAAAUCAAGGCUGAAUCAUGUGAGAAUUCUCCACAACCGCCUUCCCCCUCAGCUGGAGAGUCCGAGGAUGACUUGGCAGUCUCAGAAUCAAAAGCGUCUGAGGGUGCUGCUACAGAAAAGGUUGGAUCAGAGGAGCCUUCUGUAGUUAACAGCUCAAGGGAAGGAACCAAGGAUGGCAGUCCAUCCCAGGAUGACACCGAAGUUGUUGCCAUGGAUUGCAGUUCACCCAUUAGUGAGCGUGGUAACGAUCCUAUUUUUGAACUACCGAAGGAGAGUGCUGCCACAGCUGCUGCAGAACCUGCUGCUUCUGCAAGCCAAGUUGCCAAGGAUGAGGAUCGCAAGGAACAACGGGAGAGAGAAAGGAGCCAAGAGAGGAAAAAUGGCAGACAGCGGCGCUCUCGCUUCCACUCCCCAACCUCCACCUGGUCACCGAAGAGGGACUCCAAGCGAGAACCAUCCAGGCGCUCACGCUCACGGUCUAGAGAACGUGAAGGCAGCCCGCCCUCUAGCCGCUCAUCCAGAGCUCGCAGCAGAGAAAGAGACAGGGACCGGGACGGUGAGAGAGAUUAUUCUAGGAGGGAGCGAAGUCGUGAAAGGAGAAGGCGCCGAUCCAGGAGUCGCUCUAGGUCCAGAUCCCGGUCUCGGUCUAGGUCACGAUCCAGAACAAGGUCCUACAGACGAGGGCCCAGUCCUGAACGGCCACCUUCCAGAGAGCAGUCUCCCCAGAGGAAGGACCGUAGGGGCAGCUGGAGGUCUGGGCAGGGCAGUGGGUCUGGCAGUGAGGGACGGAGGUAUCACGGAGGCGCUGGGCGCUUUGAAAAUGGUGUGCCUACAGAAAGUUCCCCUGAACGCCAGGGAUGGUCGGAUAAUCCUGACUGGGUUACAGAGAAGAGUUGUGGUGAAUCUGAUAACAGGAGCCGCGACUCCAGUAGCGGCUCACGAUGGGAAGACCACCGCAACAGAGGAGAGCCACGGGUACGGGGAGGCCGUGGAGGGUUUGAACGUGGCCGGGGCGCAGGGCGGGGCGGUGGCAACCGUAGCUUCUAUAGCCAGCAGGAAGAAACAGCUGACAGCCGCUGGCAGCCCAGAAACAACUUCUCAGGUACAGGCAACAAUUCAGGGAAUGACGCGUAUAGCCGUUUCAAUGAAAACCGCGGUGGUGGCAGGAGGAAAGAUUCAGAGCCAGUAGACUCUAUGCUUGACCGGUCAGGGUGGUCAUCAGCGUCCAGCUGGGCUGUUAGGAGGACACUACCUGCAGACGUUCAGGAUUAUUACUCCAAGAGGGAGAGAGGGGGACCUGGAGGCUGGAACCGACAAGAGGAGGAGCAGCCGACAGCAGCAACAGAUCCGCCUAAAAGCGAGCCUCCUCCCCAGGCAGUGCUGGGCAAUGCUCCGGUGCCUGUGAUGAACGUGAUUCCUCCUCAGCUGAAUGUUCUUCCCCAUCACUACCCGAUGCAGGGCCCGCGAGGAGCCCUGCCGGUCAGCUUGCAGCCUGCAGCACCAUACGCAAUGCCUCCUCAGGUCCCUGUGCAUCUCCACCCUGCUGUACCACUGCUUCAGGUCCCCGCUGUCGGCGCUCAGGGCCUCCCACCGCCUCCCCCACCGCCUCCACCCAUGCAACAAGGCAGCCAGACAGCAGCAGCUCAGCCUGAUGGCUAUACGACACAGAUGGCCAGUACAAUGGUGGGUUAUGGGAAACCCGGCCUUCUUCCAACCCCAACCAAAGCUGGCAUUGCUGUAGUGACCCAGGGCCAGCUGCCACCCAGUCAGGUACUACCAUCCUCCACAACUCAGCCUGGCCAUCAUAACAAGGCUCAAGCUGACAGCUCCAAAAAAGAAAAGAAACAACAGAUCCAAGAGAAAGCUAUAAACGAAGUGAAGACAGCCAUCAAACCCUUUUACCAAAGGAAGGAAAUCACAAAGGAGGAGUACAAGGAGAUUGUCCGCAAAGCGGUAGAGAAGGUGUGUCACAGCAAGAGUGGUGAGGUGAACUCCAGUAAGGUGGCCAACCUGGUGAAGGCCUAUGUGGACAAAUACAAGCACGCCCGCAAGAAAUGAAACCCCACCCUGUUCCUGACGUGGCGAUGCCCUCACAGACCCAUUCAGCUGCUCAAGUGCAAUUUCCUCUAGCUGGAAUUUGGCCUCCAAACUGAAAGACAACGGAGCGCUAACAUCUUUUCUUUUUUUGAUAUCUCUACCUUUUAUUGAACGAUGAAGAUUUUUUUCUAUAGAUUUUCAUAUUUUGUUAGAAAAAGAAUUACCCAAUCAGAAAUUGUAAUGCAAGAGCCCUUUAUUUUGCAUAGGUCAUGUGACUUGGGAACUACUGUAAGGAGUGCAGGGUAGCAUGAGGGGCGGUGGGACGGUUGAUACUAAGGAUUCAACACUCAGUGAAUGACAACAGCUCAUGAAGUGUGGAGCCUCUCCCAAAGUGCCGGCUGGUACAACGAAUUUCUCCUCUACGGCAUCCUGAUCACAUAGCUUAUUCAUUGAAUAUUGUCGAUGUUCUUUUUUAAAAAAUAUUAUAUUUCAGAUGAAAGCCUAGUUUAAAAAACAGUGCAUUGCCUUUAUUAACCUCUGUGGCCCAGUGACGGGCUGGAAUCUGAGUGUGAUUCUAAUCAGGGCCCUGAUUGGCUGAGGAGACGCUAAGCGGGAUGGCCAGUCAGCAGUGAGUGUGUAAUGUAAGGCACAGAUCCCAGGGUGGGCAGAUCAAGUGAAAUGAACCCUGCCUGAAUGUGUAAUAAAUGUCAGUGGCUGAACAUGAACGUUGCAAAGUAUACAGAGAGUAGUGAAAUAAAUUAGCUGCUUCCUGAUUCGCUCUGUGUGUUUGUCAGAGGCUUCGCGUGAAGGAUGGAAACGCCUCCAUUUUCGACUGUAAAGAUGGAAACGUUUCAUGGUUGUCUCCACCUUUGUUGCUGUGGUGUUUCCGCUCCACGCUUCCCAAAAAUCCCUUUUGAAACAGUGUGUGCUAUUGUGAUGUUGCUUUCUUUGUUUAAACAUAAAAGCCCCCCACUUUCGCUGAGGAACAAACUACCAGAUAUCAAGUGGAAAGUUCCCAUGAACUGAAUGUAAUGCUGCACUGUUCUAGUGCACCAUAUAACUGUUAGAUACAGACAAGUAAAAGAACAACCCUUAAAUCUCGAAUAACAGAUGUAUUAUUUUUGUUUGGCUAUUUGGGGCCAGCAAAAUAAGUUCUGAACACAACAUUGACAUAUCACCACAAGUUGAUGUAAUGAACUCAAGAGCAAACAGUUGCUUAUUUAUGCAACCAGCAUUGACGGAGCAGGUAGAGAACAGUGCGUUUUUUUUUGUUUUUUUUUUAGAGCCAUGAGGUUGAAGCAGCCAGACAGCCAAACUGAGCUGAAACUCACUGUAAAGCACAAACGUGCACAAAAAGUGGCAGCGAGCGUUGCUUUCAGUCACACAUCUCGAAGAAACUUUGUGGAUGCAUUUAAAUGUCUGUGUUGCAGAGCUGACUACUCUCAGUGAUGAUUAAAGGUCCUGCAGGUGUUUUCAAUUAAUCUGGCUAAUUGGACCUGCGCUCGAUGGUGGGUGAAGCUUUGCUGGAAAUUAUGUCACCACACCUCUGAACAAAUAAAAUGAUUGAUUCCAUCUGGCUGCCUCAGUUUGAUGGUCCUGGUAUUGUGCAUGUUGGUUCACUGGCCCUCCAUCAUGGCUGACUGGAACACUUUGAUGGAGCAGAGACAUCGUUAAUGUUUGCAGUCACACCUUUACCUUUUUGACAAGUCCAAAUGUGAAAAUAAUAAAAGUGCAAUCUUUCCCGCCCACUGAAGCUGACGUGAGAGUUAGUGAGAUGUCAGUCAUCCAAUGUCUGCACUUUCUCACACAGCCCUGCAGGGAGAGCUAAUAAUCCUGGUCUACCAUGGUUGUACAGGGCCUUUGAGACCACUGGAGAAAGCAGUGGUUGAGGCAGGUGCACCAGGCCAACCAAUCAACAUCAAGGUAUCUUUCUGUUAUCAGCUGAAGACUGAGAUCAGCUGAUUAAUUGAUUCCAGCCUGGUGUGCUCCUCCUUGGUUGGAACAAAAACCUGCAGCCACACGGUCUUUAUGGAAUGAGUUUGACAUGCCUGGGUUAAGGUUUAAAAUGAGGUAACGGUAAUUAAAAAAAAAAGAAGAAAAGAAAUGCAGCCAAAUUACAAUAAAUACCAAAAAACCACAAAAACCAAACAAAAGCAAACAAAACUCCGGAACAGCCACUAAAGGACCUUGUGGUGAGAUAAUUUUGUCAACCGUUUUUGAAGGUAAAGAAAACAUUUGUCACGUUCACUUUUGAGCUAACAUGGACGACAAGUCAAAUCAACAGGUGUGUGACAGAUGGACAAAUUAAAUCUGCCCCAGAACUGCUGCUUGACUGACCUCGUGUUGAACUUAAAUCAACUGUUUCCAAGGCCAUUAACACAUUUUUGAGCUCAAUUACAAGCUUGAAUAUAAGAAUUUUAGGCUCCAGCCCCCCCGUGACCCUGCAAAGGAUUCAGCGGUAUAUAGAUAAUGGAUGGAUGGAUAAUAUUAGAAUUUUUAAAUGAGCUGAGAAGUUGUUCAAUUUGUAUUUAUUCUGGCAUAUCACACUAAUUAAAAUCACCUGGUCUCCUAUCAACCGGAUAAUCCUGUUGAUCAGCUUUAUACAUUUUUAAUCUGUGUGGGACAGAGAGGUUAAAUAGUCUCGCCUCCAGCUGUGUAGUGUCCUCUGUUGACCACUAGGGAGCAGUGGUGUGAAGGAAAGAGGAGUGCUGUUCAUCCCAGAUGAAAAUGCUGCAUUUUAAAU